GUUGUUACCCCAGAUGGUGAGGUGUCACCAACACACCCAGAGCUGUAUCACCCCAAAAAGCGAUUUAUACAUACAAUUCCCCAAACUGGGAAUUGCGGAGGACUUUGACACCUCCCAGUGGCGAAUCUCAGCUGCAAGAAGGUGCAGAAGUGGGAAGGAGGCAGCAUGGCAAAGCUCAGGAGUGCUGAGGGCUUGGACACUGCAGCUGUUUGAGGUAGGAAGCCCUUCCUGUGGGAAUGGGAGCUUUUGGGGCUCAUGGCAUGGAUUUGUGGAACUCUGGAUGUAAAACCCCAGAAGUGGCAGUGCUACCCUGUAAAACUGUUUGCUCCCAGCGUGCCCAGUGGUCCAUCAGUGAUCGGUGUCUUUAUUUACUGUCUUAGAAUUCUGCACAUUUAUGCAGCUAAAGGCCUGAGGGCCCACACGCUGGCAGCUGCAGAGCGCAUGAAACCCCUGAGGAGACUCGAUGCCAAGGAACACAGAGGAAAGACUCCCCUGCUGGUGGCUGUCACUGCCAGGCACGCUGCCAUCGUCCACGACCUGAUCCAGGCAGGAGCAGACAUCAACGCCGUGGACAACAAAGGGCAGUCAGCUUUACACCUUGCUGCCACCUAUGGCUAUGCCCAAGUGCUCCAGGUUAUCUUGUCCCUGGGUUUCCCUCUGGAUUUGGAAAUGAAGGAUUUUGAAGGCCAUACCCCUCUCCACUGCGCUGUCCUGGCCCACAACACCCUGCUGAGGGAUCAGAGCAGCCAGGCACUGACAGAGGAGCAGCACAGGGAGCUCCAGCAGCAGAGCAGGGAGCUGGAAUCCUGCAUCCAUCUCCUGGUGCAGACCGGAGCCUCCAUCUACAGCCGGGAUGUGAAAAGCAACAAGACAGUUCUUCAUUACACAGUCCAGGAUGGGAACAUUUCCCUGCUCAGGUACUUCCUGGAGCUGAACGCUUUCAAGUCCAAGGAUUUUGUCAACAACAAGGCCCAUGGCAACACAGCCUUGCACAUGGCAGCUGCUUUGCCUGGUGACAAGAAGCAGAAGGAAAUCAUCCAGCUGCUCCUGGAGCACGGGGCAGACCCCAGCAUCAGGAAUUUGGACAAUGACCAGCCAAUCCACAUGGCCCGUCCUGGAAAAGCUGGGGAACAGGCCAGGCAUUUGCUGAAGAAAGGGAAAGUCACACCUGCAUUCAACUCCUGCCGCAGAAAUGCCAGAUCCUGAGUUCACUGCAAUUCAUGGAACGGCUUCAACUCCAGUUUCUGCCUCCUAUAAAAACUGUGAGCGUGGUUCUGCAGCACAUCCCUGCUCCUCCAGGCUCAAACCAGGCUGGGGUGAGAGUGUUUCUCAACCUGUGGCCACGAGCAGCACACCAGACAGCAGAAGAUGAGCUUUCAAAUGGUUGAAAACUCAAUCUUGGUAACAGAGAAUGUGAAUAAACCUCCAGCAAGGAGGUGAGCAAAUCAAAUGGCUGCUACAUAAAUAAGUACAUAUUCCAAGUAAGUUCAAAGCACAGCCAAGCUUUGAUUUGGUAGCAGCUGAAACCCUUGGAGGUGACAGAGCACAAGGUGACAGUUUGGCUAUAAAGGGUUGAGAAAUGCUGCUCUGAAGCAUCCCCAAACUGUGCCUCUGGCUGGAGCCUGUACAGAGGGACUGCUGCAAAUGCUGCAGCCUCUGUGAUGUGCAGCAACCACUGACCCUGCUGCCCUGGGAAUGCAGGAUCCUGAGGGGAAGCCUGGAUGGAGAACUUGAGUCAGUCCUGACUGGAUUUCACCUGAGGGAAUGGACAUCCAAACCCAAGAGCCCCACGGGAGGGUCCUGCAAGCUGGAGCUGCCCAUUCUCAGCACUUUGGGAGGGCUCUGGAGCAGCUCCCCACGGCCAGGCUGUCACCCCAGCCCAAGAGAAGAACCAGGUGGUGUAAGAACAAGGACAUGGGGCAGGUUUGUGUGGCUCCUGAGGGGACACCUCCAAUCCAAUCUGAGUCUCCAGCUCUGGUGGCACAGAGCAGCUCUGGAAGUCCCUCAGGUGUGGAGCUGAGCCCUCACCUGUAUGGCAGAUUCGGGGCUCUAAUAGCUUUUAGGGCAGCAAAGCCCCGUUGGUCUGCACAGCGUGGUCAGGGUGCAAGGGCUGAGUGCUCUCCUACUGCCAUUCCCACCUGAGAGGGGUUUAACAGGUUCUUUUUAGCGUUUCUGUGAAAUGAUUUGUGAAUUGCUGUGCAAUCAGUGUCUGCCAGGGCACGGACUGGAGGUCGGUGCCUGAAGGGAUGCAAGGCCAUGUUUUUCCCAUCCUCAGGGCUCGCUCUGAGAUGUAUUUUGAUGGUUUCUCACAGUGCCCAGGUGCUGUUCUCCAGCAGGAUGAGCAGAGAGACGGAGGGCAGAGCUCUUAAAUCACUGCAGCCACUUUCUUGAGCACCCACUGGCUGCCUCAGUGGGAUUUCCUGAGGCACUCACAGGCCUGGAGUGUUUAAACAACUGACAGGAACAAAAACUCUUAAGAAAUGCAGAGAUCUCGAUUUUCCAGCCCUCCUCUCUGCUGUUGGGCCAUUGCCUCUCACUCAGUCCUGCUGACAGAGAAGCAGACGUGUAUUUGCAUGUGUUUGCAUAAAUUUUCAUGCAUCUGAGCACAGGCCAGUAAAAGGCUGUGCUGUCUCACUUGGAAAGAUGUUACAAGGAGGCCUGAAUGGAGUGAGAACUGUAUCAGUGAGUCAGUACCGAGUGUCAGGCAAAAUGAUGGAUAAAAUAACCAUUUCUGGAACCUGCUAGCAGCAGAACUGUCACGCUGUGAGCAGCACGUGGCACGUGAAAAUGUAAAAAGCUUUUCACCAUCUAGAAAUGUCUGUGAGGUGCCUGAAGUCCUUUGGCAGCACGUGAAAAAAAAAAAAAAAAUACAGGAGCUUUCUUUCCUGGAGUGGCUUUUCUCUUUAUUAUGUCAUCUGUUGGGUGUUUCAUACACAGCAGUGUCAGUGGGAGUCUGGAAUCAUCACCAUCUCCAGAUUAUCAGGGAAAAGAUCCUUUUAGGGGAGGAAUGUGGCUCCAUUAAAGCCUCAGGCUGGCAGCUGGGAGCUGAUGGAUGAGGUUUCCAGUGGGAAGAGCCCGUGACAGCCCCGGGAUUCCUUCUGUCUGUGCUCAGCUUCCCAAAGCUCAGCCAGCAGAGGCCUGCUCUGAAAGCAGCCACAAUCCACAAGCUGCUCCUGUUGGCUUUGGACUGGAGCCACCAGACUGUUGGAAGCUGCUGCUUCCCCCUGUGUGUAAAACAAUUUCCCUUUUCCCUUUCCCAAUUCCUGGCCUGGCUGUGAAGAAAAUCACUUUUAAAGCUCAAACCUAUCCUGUGUGUCUUCUCUGCUGGGGUGAAUUUCACAGAUUUAAGCGGUUCACAGCUCACCCCUCAAUUUUUUAUUGCUCUUUCAGGGGCAAUGUAACUUCUCUAAGCUCAGCAUUGCUGGCAGUGUGUGAUAUCCCUUUAUUUGCACAGUUUAUCUCUUCCUACCUGUGGCUUUGGAUAAGUUGCUAAUAACAAAGGCUCGUUAUCACCAAACAAACGUUCUGAAGUGGCACCAUAAAAAAGCUGUCAGUCGGUUGGCAAGGGAAACUUUUAGAUCAAAUUCUCUGGAAGAAAAGCUGAAAAUAAGAACCUUUUCUUUUCUCUGUAACUGUGGGUGACUUCUGGAGUUAUUCAUGGCUUUGUCAGCACGGGAUGAUCCUCGGGUUUGUGUUCAUAAAGGCAGUCAGGGCUUCACCUGGCAGGGACAGCC